AUGAGUGUCAUGUCGUCAUCUGCACCUACGUCUCCCACAAGUAGCGAUGGAGAUGACCUCCUACCAACCUUGCCGGCUGUCAGCUCCCAGCACAGAGAUCGGCGUAGACGACGACCGAUCCCACAGUUCAGCUACUCCAAGACCAGAGCACGUCCUGGUUUGAUCGCCCAGUGUGGCCCGUUCUUCGGGUUUAACACACGAAAGACAAUACACCGUUCAUCUUAUCAUUCCGAUGUGAGUCAGUCCGCCCCAAGCAGCCCUACAGCCGACACAUAUGAGACAUUGCCACUCGUUGAGCACGCAGUUCAGUUGGACGGGAUAUGCUCAGGCGAAACACCGGAGGUGCAUGUUCUACGAAACUCUACGGCAAAGCGCGACUUACCGACUGAUUUGCGGAAACUGUGUUCCACCAUGAACAUCCCCAACAACUUCCCGGCUGCGACCAAACCUAGCUUGCUACAGGUGCUUCAGCGCCUUGGAAUACAAUCUGUCUGGCCACGUCUGGUGGAACACGGAAUCAUCGAUGUGCGUCGUCUCGGUCAGAUCACAAGGACCGAGCUCAUUCAAAUGGGAAUCACCGACGCUGAGGUCAGAUCAGCUCUUCUUACAGCUGGUCAACUAUUAGCAGUGCAAGACAUAGACGUCCCUGUUUCUUCUUCGGCAACCGCUCAGUGCACUUGGACAAGGACUAUUCCACCGGAAGGAGCCACUGAUCGCCUGAUGGACUAUGUGCACAUGGCUGACGAACAAGCCAUGCAUGAUUCAGGAUGCUGCAGUAUCAACGAGGUCAGCGGCUCAUGGUGCAACAAACCGCCGGAAUGCACUGUAAACAGUUCUGCUGUUCAGCUUCGGUCACCGAUCUAUUCCACACAGACAUGGUCGAAUAGAGGACCUCCACAAUCUCAAAUUGAGGCCAGACUACUCUGUAUAUGGGUCUAUCAAAAUGAAUCGAUGCUUUGA